AUGAAGUUGCAACUCCUCACCAUCCUGGCCGCUGCUGCCGGCCAGGCCCUAGCCGCCUGCCCGUAUGCGAAGCCGGUAGAGGCGGUAGAGCCUCGCGCAUGCCCCUACGCCGGUAAAGCCCAGGAGCAGAGCAGCGCCCAAGCCGAGGCAGCGUCCCUGAAGCGCAGAACGCCCCCGGCCGACGACAAGAAGGGUGUCUUCUACCUGAACCGCAUCGGGCCCUCGGGGUCGGCGCUGUGGAUCUCCAACUCGGACGGCACCGACGCCAGGCAGCUGAUGGCCAACCAGACCGACCCGUUCGACUACCACGCGAACUGGUCCCCUGACGGGGAGUGGAUCGUCUUCACCAGCGAGCGGGCGGCCGACGGCCAGGCUGACCUGUACCGAGUCAAGCCGGACGGCGGGUCGGUCGAGACCCUGGUGGCGUCCUCCUCGCUCGAGGACUCGGGCACCCUGUCGCCCGACGGCACGAAGCUCGCCUACGUCAGCACCGCCAUCAACUACACGGCCAACAUCUUCGUCAAGGACCUCGUCACCGGCAAGGCCACCAACCUCACCGGCAGCGACGAGUCGGUCGGCAGCUUCGUGGGCCCGCACAGCUUCUACCGCCCGUCCUGGUCGCCCGACGGCCGUUGGGUGGCCUUCAGCUCCGACGCCAACACCCAGUGGACCGGCCACAGUGACGGUACCGGCUGGGAGCACACCCAGGAGCUGUCCGUGUACAUCGCGCACCCUGACGGCACGGGCUUCCGCAAGGUCAUCGGCCAGGACGGGUACUCCCUCGGCUCCCCCCGCUGGUCGCCCGACGGAUCGCGCCUGGUCUACUACAACAUGACGACCGAGGCCACGUACAACGUCCACGGGUCGAGCGGCCAGCAGAGCUCCAUCACGUCGCAGAUCUUCAGCGUCGACGUCGAGACCGGCACCGACAUCGUGCAGCACACCACCGACGCCACGCCCAAGGUGACGCCCUCGUACAUCGGCGGCGGCAGCAACGGCACCGACGCCAACAUCGCCUACGUCGUCAAGGCCGGCACCCAGCAGGGGAUCCACUACACCUCGACCGACAGCACCCACACGUACGUCAACGCGACGAUCCGCAACCCGUCCUGGUCGCCCGACGGCAAGAGGCUGGUCUACGAGGUCAACUCGUGGACCCAGCGCCAGGCCGAGAAGCCCCUCUACAGCUGGGACCACGAGUGGGAGUACCGCUUCAUGGACGUCUUCCCCCAGAUCAACAACGCCACCGGCCGCCUGGCCACGACGGCCAAGCAGCUCGGCAACGCCUCGUCCAACGUCCUCCUCACCGACGCCGACUACUCCAACCCCGUCACCGCCUUCGACGUCUACGACAUCAACAGCAGCGCCGCCGAGACGGCCCUGUACGCCAGCGGACUCGCCGGUGCCUUCCAGCCCACCUGGUCCCCCACCGGCACCCAGCUCAUCGUCGGCUUCGGCGUCUGGUUCUUCAACCGCGUCAUCUACCCGGCCACGCUGUACCUCAUGAACGCCGACGACAGCGGCAACUACAAGAACCUCACCGACGGCACCCUGAACGCCGGCUUCCCCUCCUACUCCCCCGACGGGAACAAGGUUGUCUACCGCCUCUGGAACUGGACCGAGGGUCCCCUGGGCCUGUACGUCAUGGACCUCCGCGACGAGACCACCACCCGCAUCACCGACGGCUGGGACAACACCCCUGGGUGGUCCCCCGACGGCGAGCUCAUCGUCUUCACCCGCCAGACCAACUGGACCAGCGGUCCUAGCUGGGACGACGACCGCUUCGACAUCUGCACCUGCAAGCCCGACGGGUCCGACAUCAAGAUCCUCACCGAGUCUCAGGCCAACGACGCCCACGCCGUCUGGUCGCCCGAUGGUCGCAUCCUGUACAGCAGCGGCAUGUACGGUUUCCGUGACGAGAGCGCCCUCUACGAUGAGACCUUCCAGCCCUAUGGACAGAUCAUCUCCAUGAAUGCCGAUGGGUCUAACAAGACGAUGUUGACGGAUAGUCUGUGGGAGGACUCCAUGCCCAUGUUUAUUGAUCGUUCGUACUUUUAG